CACCGUGCACCGCCCGCAUGUGUCUCGACCUGCUGGCAUACUUCACCUGCCUCCGCCGCCGCCAGCUCCCGCCAUGCAGACGCGAGUGCCAGUGAUAUUUCUAGUCAUUACCUUCCUAAGCUUGGAAUGCGAGAUGUUGGGGACCUGCGCUAACUGCGCCAGGGGAGACUUCAGCGUGGAGGAGCUCACGGAAGCGAGGAUCGCCUUCGUGAAGCAGCAGAUCCUGAAGAAGCUCCGGCUGAGCAAGAAGCCGAAUGUUGGACUACCUGUUAAUAGCCUGCCCGUGCCGGUUGCGCAGGGGCAAACCCUCAAUGAGGGCACGGAGAAGCCGCCCGAGUUUGACGAUUAUUAUGGAAGAACGGAGCAGAAGAUCAUAUUCCCAGUUGAAGGAGGAUGCCUGACCUCCGGGAGGUACCCGUUCAAGUGCCUCCAGUUUGAGCUGCCGCCGGACGUCGAACCCGAGGAGGUCACCGUGGUCGAGCUCUGGUUCUAUAAGGAGCGCGACCCGCUGGAUGAGUACAACCAGACGUUCGUGAUCUCGGAGGCGGCUCACUGGGACAGCCAGCAGCAGUUCAAGAAGACCAAGCCCAUCGCCAUCAAGGAGACCAGCAUCGGAGAAGGUUGGGUGCGCGUGGAACUGGCCUGGGCUGUGAGGGUCUGGCUAGAAGGCCGGGAGACCACGCACACGCUCCAUGUGGCCUGCAGGACUUGCCAGCUGCGCCGAGCGCCCAUCUCCUUCCACAAGAAGCACCGGCCCUUCCUAGUCCUCUACACCAAGUACGCUGGCAAGCGGCGCCGGGGCAGAGCCCUAGAAUGCGGGGCCACCACCAGCGAGUGCUGCCGCGAGCACCUCUACGUCAGCUUCAAGGACCUCGGCUGGGACGACUGGAUCAUCAGGCCUGCUGGCUACCACGCCUACUUCUGCAAGGGGACCUGCGCCCCCAUAUCUGCUGUUACUAUGGCGGAUAACAAUUACCACCACAAUAUUAUUAGGAAAUACUUCUACUCCGUGUCCAACGAGCGGCGGAUAGAGUUCAACCCGUGCUGCGCUCCAACCACCUUCAGCUCGCUACAACUGCUAUACGUGGACUCCAACAACACGGUCACGCAGAAAACACUGCCAAAUAUGGUGGUGGAGACGUGUGGGUGCAUGUAGCACAAGUGUAUUGACAAUAGCUGUCUAAAGAGCAUGAUCAGGAGAUCUUGAAGGAUCUUGGAGGUGUGACGCUAUGUGUAGCACAAGUGAAUCGACAGUCUAAAGAGUAUACUUUAGUCUUGGAGACGUGACUCUGUGUGUAGCUAGUGAAUAGACAAUAAUAAUUUAAAGGACUUAUGAUGAGCUUCAUCAUCAUCGUCAAGCUGACGUCAUGCAUCCGUCUCUUUGUCAUCAGCCUUCGUCUUUCGUUGGAUAUAGGACUCUUCAUCUGCAAGAUAUCUCUGUAUAUUGUUGGAUAUAGGUUUCCUCCAACAGAUGCCCUGAAGUGUGAUUCUCAGCUCUUCCAAUUGGUUUGCGUUCUUCUUCUUCUACUAUGAGCCACUAAGUUAAGAACAAUUUCCACCACCACAA